AAACUUGUAAGGGCAUACAUGCAAAAACCAGUCCCAGUUGUUCGGAAAAUCAACCAAGCGAAAGGAGCCAGCAGCCAGCAUUGAUAGAGGAAGAAUCCCGAGCCCUCCUUCCUCGUCGCAAGAUUGAAUUUUCACAGCCAGGGAGAAAUGGCCACCAAAUAUUCGCUUGCUGAGUUCCUUGAUGUCGCCGUGGAUGCCGCCAAGAAAGCUGGGGAGGUCAUUCGGAGAGGAUUUUAUCAGACCAAGCAUGUGGAGCACAAAGGACUGGUAGAUUUAGUGACAGAAACUGAUAAAGAAUGUGAAGAACUUAUUUUCAAUCACCUCAAGAAGCAUUUCCCUAGUCACAAGUUUAUAGGCGAAGAGACAUCUGCUGCAUUGGGUACUUCUGAGUUAACUGAUGAUCCGACAUGGAUUGUUGAUCCCCUUGAUGGAACCACAAAUUUUGUUCAUGGGUUCCCUUUUGUUUGUGUUUCUAUUGGUCUUACCAUUGAGAAGGUUCCUACUGUGGGAGUUGUAUACAAUCCAAUAAUUGAUGAGCUCUUUACUGGUGUUCGUGGACAAGGUGCUUUCCUCAAUGGGAACCCCAUAAAAGCAGCAUCUCAAGCUGAAUUAUUGAAGUCCCUUCUUGCAACUGAGGUUGGAACAACACGUGACAAGUCCACUGUUGAUGCUACAACAAACAGAAUCAACAGCCUACUCUUUAAGGUCAGAUCCUUAAGGAUGGAUGGUUCCUGUGCGUUGAACCUUUGUGGUGUUGCAUGUGGUAGGCUUGACAUCUUCUAUGAACUUGGGUUUGGUGGUCCUUGGGAUGUCGCCGGUGGGGCUAUCAUUCUUCAAGAAGCAGGAGGACUUAUUUUUGACCCGUAUGGAGGGGAUUUUGAUAUCAUGUCAAGGAGAGUAGCUGCAUCAAAUGGCCAUCUUAAGGAUCUAUUUCUUGUUGCUUUGAAGGAAGCAGAAGGAAAUCACCCUUCAUAAUUGCAAAAUGCAACAGUUGGAAUCUUCCAGUCUGAAACAGCCCAACUUCUCUGGCAUUUAAUAGCAAAUACUCCUAUUGUUCCUCUAAACUAUCCUUCUUUUAUUCAACCCAUCCGAAUUUUGCCUUUCAUCAACUCCACGUUUUCAGGCUAUAUUAUUAGCUGCCUAAAUUCCUUAAUUCUGUCAUAGACUUGUUAGUGGAUUUUGAUGAUGACAAGUAUAUACAAGCAUAUAUUUUUAUAUACUGGAAUUUUGCAUUCACUUAUUUUAUAUAGUGAAAUUUUCUGUGA